UGACAAACAGCUAUGGGAUUAGCAAAAUAGUCCAGAGAUGAGUGUUGUCUCCUUGGUCACCUCUGAAACACAUUCUACAUCUAACCCUUUGUUAUUGUGCCGUACCAGUGCUGGUUUUUAUUACACCGCCCCAAGGAAGUAUGUUAACUUUGGGUAAAUCUGGAAUACGAACUUGCCACCUCAGCUAACUCUGAGCUAGCUCGUUAGCAGGCUCGGCUCGACGACAUAAUAGGCUGCGGUGCCACUGGGAACACCGUGUGCUCGUCGUGCUAGAUAAACGCAGCUAAUCGGGGAGAUUUUCAGACAAUAUCGUUGGUUUACUUAAUAGUUCACAAUUGCCGUUGUUGUGUUAUCAUCUGCCCCGGACGCGAGAUGGAUUGUCACUAGCUUACUUCGCCAGACGCGGUGUCUUCUCAGCGUUAGCGGAGCACUGCUCUCAUUGCGCUGGCUAAAAAUACACUUCUUUUGCACCUCCAAAAGUGCUGGGCUAGUCACACUGGACUUGUCUUCCUCUUUUCUGGUCACCUUGUUCAUAGUUUGGCACUCUACAUGGUCACCGCAGUGAGUUUAAGACGACUGGAAGAGCGAGCCGGACCCCGAGGUAGUGAGCCCCGCCGGCCUGAUCUAACGACGCCUCGUACCGGCUGGUUGGCUUCAGGUCCACGGGUGAACGAAACUGGGAUUUUGCGGAUCGGUGGCCGAAUAUAAUUUUUGCCCCAAUGGCCCUGUCGUGUAAUUUAGUGGUAAUAUAACAAACCUUGGUACAGCCCAGGUGUUGCUCGAGCGAAACUUUGUGAAGGUCAGAGAAAAACGCUUUUGUGUCUACUGUCAACUAUCUGAGAUCCAUCUGUCCGCAUCACCAUGUCGGAGGAUAACAAUGCAGACAAGUUUAUCAAGGAGACAUCCAUUCUAGACGAGUACAACAUCAACUGGACACAGAAGUUGGGAGCCGGCAUCAGUGGACCGGUCAGAGUUUGUGUGAAGAAGUCUUCUCAGGAACGCCUGGCCCUGAAGAUCCUCAUUGAUCGCCCCAAGGCCAGGAAUGAAGUGCGUCUCCAUAUGAUGUGUGCACAGCACCCAAACAUAGUGCAAAUCUUGGAGGUUUACGCCAAUAGUGUCCAGUUCCCACACGAGUCCAGCCCAAGAGCGAGGCUCCUAAUUGUUAUGGAGAUGAUGGAGGGAGGCGAGCUUUUCCACAGAAUCAGUCAGCACAGGCACUUUACGGAAAAGAUGGCCAGCCAGGUCACUAAACAGAUCAGUCAAGCCUUGGAACAUUGUCACUCCCUCAAUAUUGCACAUCGCGACCUGAAGCCAGAGAACCUGCUUUUUAAGGAUAACUCUCUGGAUGCACCUGUGAAGUUGUGUGACUUUGGCUUUGCCAAAAUUGAUCAAGGGGACUUGAUGACCCCUCAGUUCACUCCCUACUAUGUAGCACCUCAGGUACUUGAGGCUCAAAGAAGACACCAGAAAGAAAAGUCUGGAAUUAUACCUACCUCACCCACUCCUUAUACCUAUAACAAGAGCUGUGACUUGUGGUCUCUCGGUGUGAUCAUCUACGUGAUGCUCUGUGGCUAUCCUCCCUUCUACUCCAAGCACCACAGUCGCACCAUCCCAAAGGACAUGAGGAAGAAGAUAAUGACCGGAAGCUUUGACUUCCCUGAAGAUGAGUGGAGCCAGAUCUCUGAGAUGGCCAAGGACAUUGUACGCAAGCUGCUGAAGGUGAAACCAGAGGAGAGACUCACUAUUGAGGGAGUUUUGGAUCACCCUUGGCUUAACUGCACGGAGGCCCUGGACAACGUUCUGCCCUCAGCACAGAUGAUGAUGGACAAGGCGGUAGUGGCUGGUAUCCAGCAGGCCCAUGCAGAGCAACUGGCAAACAUGAGAAUUCAGGAUCUGAACGUCAGCCUGAAGCCUCUUAACUCUGUCAACAACCCAAUCCUCAGGAAGCGGAAACUACUAGGCCCCAAGCCAAGUGAUGGUUUCUUCAUCCAUGAUCCAGAGAACGGAGGGGAGGACUCAAACGUAGCGCUGGAAAAAUUACGAGACGUCAUUGCACAGUGUAUACUACCACAAGCUGGAGAGAAUGAAGAUGAGAAGCUGAACGAGGUGAUGUAUGACGCCUGGAGGUUCAACAGAGACUGUAAACAGCUGAGAGACGGGCUGCCGGGGCUCAGCUGGGACGGGCGAUCCUUCUCCGAUAAAGUCGACCGCUUGAAAUUGGCUGAAAUAGUGAAGCAGGCCAUCGAAGAGAAGACGAAUCUUGAAGAAUCUCAUUAGCCAACGCUGUCUUUCUAUCUUCUUUUUAUAUUGUUUAUUAUAUCUCUUUUUAACCCAUAUCUGUAAAGAGGCUUUUUUAUGUAAAAUGAUGCGCUAACUUUUGUUUUCUCAUGAAUUCACUUGCAAGACCUAUUGUACAGCUGUAGAUAUAUUUCAAAGAAGACUCAUUGGUACUAUACUUUUUUUUUAAUGGAAACUUGCAAAGAACAUUGAAAAAGAACAACAACUAUAUUUUCAUUUUUGCAAAAAAGAAAAAAUCAGUUGAAGAAAUUAUUUUCUGGGAGGGGAUUUUUUUUUAGCUGCUUUCCAAGGAGUCGCCGGUUUGAUCCCAGAUAUUUCAUUUUAUUCUGUUUUCUUAUGUUUUAAUCAUCUUAAGAAUUGUAUUUAUUUAAACACAGAUUUCCUUUAUUUUAUACCUAAACUGUAGCCUGGCAGCGGGCUCUAAAGUCGAGAGAAGCUGUCAAUGCUGUGACUUUGUUCUUCCAAACACUCUUGAUCCAGUGUGCGUUUAAAUUAUAUGAAUCUUUGUUUUUGUGUAACUCUUCCUUGACUUUUUGUUGUGAAGAGGUCAAGGUGCGGGUAAAGAUUGAGGUAAAGGAAAGUGUCGAGAAAUAGACAAAUGCAGCCCCAAAUUAAUUUUGUCACAACCCCCUUUUUUUGGAGCUGGUGAGAUAUGGCACACAAGAUAGACUGAAAAAGCAGGAACACUUUGGCUCAUUUGGUUAAUGAGUUUUGACCAAAAAAAGUCCCCCUACUAGUUUUUUUUUUCAGCUUUUAACUGUCUCGUCGCCUCUUUAAAAUAUGCAUUUUUAUGUUCCAGUUAUGUUAAGAAUUUGUUGUCAAACUGUUUCCAAGGUAAAGAAAUGAACUUUUACUUGACUAAAUCUCUGUAGGUUUUACAAACCGAGUUGAAAUCACACACAUGAAGUGAUCAUACUGCCUGUCAGCGUCUGAAGUUUGUAUCUGGCAAGUAACAUGAAGUGAAUUGUUUUAUAUAAAGGUUUUUCUUAAAGGUCUUCCCAUUUCUGAUGUGAUUCUAAAGGUCUUAAGUUCAGUCUGCAGUUUAAGUUGUUCAUCUGUGAAACUUGACCUGAACUGCUUUGGCGUAAAUUUGUUUCUACUGCAAUUCAAACCCGAGUCAAUAAGUUCCUUUUUUUUAAAGCACGAGUGUUUGCUACUUGAGCCAACAGAAACAGAGAAACACGGGGCAUUUGUGGCUCAAUGUAGGCCAUGAGUUUAAGUGAGAAAAGACAAUUAGAAGGGUUUCAGUAGCCAUCAACGGUCUGUCUGUGUCAUUAGACUUGCAUACUGAAUGUGCAAUAGGGCAAUAAUUAUGAUUAUGAAUUCAUAGUGCUUGUAUAUGGGACUGAAAUAUGAUGAAUCAACCCGUCAGUAUUACCAUCCUCAUUUCACUGGUCUGAAUACCAGCAACAUGCUCCCUCUCUUCGCUCAUCCCGAUCAGUUAGCUUUAAUUAUUUGUCAUUAAGUGAAAUGUCCCCUGCAAUGUUCUCCUCACGUCAUAUCUGAUAUUACUUCUUCAAAAAGGGGUUGUAAGAAGGGAUUCCUGGUUAUGUGUUUUCAAAAGAACAAGCCUCGUCUAGCUGGAAGUUCUGUUGAUCAGUGCCUGAUUAUUUCUUCUUUAUCGUUUACUGUUUGUAUUGGAAAUAUUCUUCAGUGUUGGAAAUCCCCCUUUUGCUAAGGUCUUGUCUUUAUACAGAUUACCAAACAUUGUUGCUGUCUUGUGAACAAUGUUCAAUUUUAUUUAGAUUAUCCAAAGGAUCAGGUGUUUCCUUUUGGGUGGAGAAAAAUAAUCCUACUUCAGACGCUAAAUAAACCAUCUAAAAACCCAUUGGAUUAUCUUUAAAAUACAUUGUCUCGUAACAAAAAAGGAGUUUAAUUUAAUUACACAGUUGAUAUUUCUUGUUCAAGUUUGUGUUUAGCAAGAGCAAUCAUUACUUACAUGAUUCUGAGAGAUCAGUUUGGUUUCUUAUACAGUCUGAUGAUAUCCAUGGCAUGUGUCUGAAAAGGACUUAUUUGUAAUGGCUAAAUAUCACUGAAAUGUGCCUUUUUGAUCUGGAGAAAAUAUCCACCUUUGUACUGCUCUAAUCAAUAAAGUGAAUUACAGGGUGAAGGGGGAACUCAGAAUCAGUGUAAAUAGUGAUUGAUAAUUGUCCUUUUGGCUGUGAUUUGCUUGUUUUCAUGUUGAGAAAUGGCGGCUUUCAUCACACAAAUCUGAUUAUUGGUUUAAUACCCGGCACCUCCAACAAAUUAAAGAGAUAGUUCUACAUUUUGGGAAAUACGCUUAUUAAUAUGCUUGCUGUGAAAUUCCAUGAAGACUUGAAAUGGAUAAACAAUGGCCUAUAAUUGAUCCUUUUACUAUUCCUUAAUGCGAUUCAAUUACUCUCAGCCCAAAAAUUGUCCGGAUACGAACACAUAACCGUCUUUAAGACGUUUUUAAACUUAGUCUUUUUGUACAUAUUAAACAAAACAAGAUUUAUCAUGUGUGCAUUAGAGGUGCAAGUGUUUUAUAAUCAACGGGGGAAUAUUUGGGUGUUAUCAACCUCAUAUUGCCACAAAGCAAAUUAAGCGUAUUCAACAAAAUGUCAAACUUCUGCUUUAUUUAAUCAGCAGUUUGUGUUUGUUAAUGUUGGAUCAUACUGACAUACAGUCUUUCAGAUCAACGGUGUUUCACUAAAGGUGGAACUUAAUACUGACUUUAAUUCUUUUACUUUUACUGCUUUUGUGUGACAGUGUCAUUCAUUUGUGCGUGUGUGUCUGGUUCAGUAUGCUGAGCGCAAUUUGUAUUACUGGAGGCCUAUAAACAAAUCAGAGCUGCUUCCUCCCGGCCACAAAUAACAGAAUUUAUAUCCUCUGCUACCUGAAAAACCACUGUUGUUGAAGGGUAGUGUAUUUAUUUUGUACUGUAAAGUCAAGGCAUGUAUCUUGAUAUUUGAUACUAACAAUUAAAACCCAAAGGGGAUUAACACAGUCCUGCUCGGACACCAUGUACCUGCUGUUUGCUGCUCUGCGUUAUUGAACAUCUGAGGGCAGCUGGUUUUGAAGAUGGUACCAUCCACCUCUCAUCCUCUUGCUGAGUGGUGCUGAAUCUCUCAGACAUGCAUUCAGCCUUACUCAGUUUUAGUCAUAAAUAUGAUUUUAUACAAGGAAAGAUUUCUUGUUCCCUACAUGGAUUCUGACUAAGGAUAAAUAUCUGGGGUUUUUUUUAUUAUUAAAAAUGACCUGAAAGGCAGAAAUAGCUUAGGGAGUAUUUACCGUUCUUGAUAAAUACCUUGUCGCUUCCGUUUUUAUAACUUUUCGAGCCAUCCCUCUGAUAAGUGAGGAAGAAAUGUUGAGGAAAGGAAAUCAUUUCAAGGGUCUGAGCCUUUCUCCGCUUUAGUGGUCUGUUUGUUUUCUCUCUGGACUGGCAGUGGUGUAGCAUGUACCUGAAUCUCUCAUGAAGAUUUGCUGUAUUUGUCUCCACAUCUACAUUCUGCCUUUUCUGUCUUUUUUGGAACAUCAACAUGCUGACUUUGUAAUAAAGGAACUCUUUGACAUUU